GUCCCUGGUCCCUGGCGGCCGGAGAGGUGGAGGCAGGCGGGCGGGCGGGCAGCAGGGGCUCUCUCCCUCAGGCCUUGCGAUCCUUGCAAAGACAAGGAGGCGGGAGAGCUAGCGCUGCGCGGCCUGUUGCCUGAGGCAGGAGGCGGCAAGGAAGGAAGGAAGGAAGGAAGAGGCCCAGUCCAGGGAGACCCCGAGCGGCGGAGAGAGAGCUGAGGUGAUGAUUCAACAAAGAGAAAAAAAAGGAUUUGCCAAGUUGAAACACUGUCUUAUGAUUGGAAAUGAUGAUGCUUCUGAGACAAUGACUGAAUUCUUCAUCACUUUUGGCUUCCCAGGGCUCAGACGUUUAAAGAAGGGGAGUUGCAAUGGGAAGAGAGGAGAAAGCAUUCCUGUAGUUUCCAUCUGCUAAGAAUAUGGAAUCAAUUUCUAUGGUGGGAACUCCUAACUACUUAAAUGAAACCUUCUUGCCAAAUGGUAUAAAUGGUGUCAAGGACAGCAGUAAGACUACAAUAGGCAUAAUUGGAAGUGGGGACUUUGCUAAAUCCUUGACCAUUAGGCUUAUCCGAUGUGGCUAUCAUGUUAUCAUUGGAAGCAGAAACCCCAAGUUUGCUGCUGAGUUCUUUCCACAUGUCGUCGAUGUAACUCACCACGAAGAUGCUGUAACAAAAGCAAAUUUAAUUUUCAUUGCCAUACACAGAGAACACUAUGCUGCUUUGUGGGACCUCAAACAUCUGCUCAUUGGCAAAAUCCUUGUAGAUGUCAGCAACAAUAUGCGAGUCAACCAAUAUCCGGAAUCCAAUGCAGAAUACUUAGCAUCUCUUUUCCCAGAUUCCUUUGUUGUCAAAGGAUUCAAUGUUAUUUCAGCCUGGGCACUGCAACUGGGACCAAAGGAUGCUAGCAGACACGUCUACAUAUGUAGUAACAGUGUUCAAGCUCGCCAUCAAGUUAUUGAACUUGCCCGUCAGCUCAGCUUCACGCCACUUGAUUUGGGCGCUUUGUCUUCUGCAAGGGAGAUUGAAAAUUUACCUCUUCGUUUGUUUACACUAUGGAAAGGCCCAGUAAUAGUGGCUAUUAGCCUGGCCACCUUCUUCUUCAUCUAUUCAUUCAUCAGAGAUGUAAUACAUCCUUAUGUGAGGAACCAGCAGAGUGAUUUCUACAAGAUCCCUAUUGAGAUUGUGAAUAAGACAUUGCCAGUAGUUGCUAUCACUUUAUUGUCUCUAGUGUAUUUAGCAGGGCUCCUGGCAGCUGCUUAUCAGCUUUAUUACGGCACUAAAUACAAACGAUUUCCACCAUGGUUAGAGAACUGGUUGCAGUGUCGAAAACAGCUUGGACUGCUUAGUUUUUUCUUUGCAGUAGUGCAUGUGGUUUACAGCUUGUGCUUGCCUAUGAGAAGGUCUGAGCGAUACUUAUUUCUAAACAUGGCUUAUCAGCAGGUCCAUGCAAAUGUUGAAAAUUCUUGGAACGAAGAAGAAGUGUGGCGAAUUGAAAUGUAUGUCUCUUUUGGAAUAAUGAGCCUCGGGCUGCUUUCUCUGUUGGCAGUAACUUCCAUUCCUUCAGUAAACAGAUCAUUAAAUUGGAGGGAAUUCAGUUUUAUUCAGUCUACACUUGGAUACGUCGCUCUGCUCAUAAGUACUUUCCAUGUAUUAAUUUAUGGCUGGAAAAGAGCCUUUGAAGAAGAAUUCUACAGAUUUUACACUCCACCAAAUUUUGUUCUUGCACUUGUCUUGCCAUGCAUAGUAAUUCUGGUGCAUCAUACUGCUGUAAUACUGCUUUUAAUGUACUUUAUGAGUGCUACUGAAAAGAUGAUUCCUAUGCAGCAAAAAAAAAACCUACUUAAAAUAAUAUUUGAUACUUUUAAUUUCCAUUGUUGUAAAAGUUGUUUUCUAUUCCUGCGUUUAAAGUUUAGCAAAUUAUUUGUAUUUUUAUGUGUUUUUAAUUUCACAAUAUUAGUUGUAAAUGAUAAUUCACAGGUGUAGCAUAAUGAUAUUUGAAUUCAUUACAAGUACAUUGUUUUGACGUUCCACUGACAUGUACCUUUAUUGUCUAUUUGGCUGUAAAAAUGUAGACCCAGAGAUGGGCACAAAAUUUCAAUUGUUCAUAUUGUCGUACAGUUAUAUAAUCUGUUAGAAUAUACAAUAAAUAUUUUCAUUUGAGGAAGACAAGUUCAUUUGUGCAACACAGGUACAGAGUGCAUUUAUCUAUAAAGCCCUAAAUAAAUAGCAGAAAUAAAACAAGUAAAGUUAGGGUCACUUUAUAUCAGUGUAGAAAUUAGACCUUUGGUUCUUAGUAUGCAUUUAACACAUCAUAAUUAACAACAGUUCUAAUUUGAGUUCAGCAUAACUUGCAGAACAGUUUAUAAAGGUUGACAAGGACUUUUAAAGUCCAUAUACAUUUCUGUAUAGGUGAAAGUUAUUUCUCAUUUUAGAGAUGAAAACAGAGGCUGAGAAAUAAAAGUACCGACUAUAUUGAAAGUCCCUGACCAAACAAAUAGUAUAAGCUGAUCAUAUAUUAAUUCAGGACAUCUUGAAUAGGAUGGCAUUUACAAAUAGGUACAGUGCAAAGUAACAAAGCACAAAAUCAUGCUAGUCAUGUCAGCUGAUACUGAUCUUAGAAUAAAAUGCCAUUCUCAAAAGUAGAAUUUCCAAUGCUAUACAGUACUGGGACAAUAUCAUAAUUUGUGCUUUAAAUUACAGUACAGUAUUACGUUUUCUUCAUUUCAUAAAUUUUGCCUUCAUAUCAAUGCCUUGAUGAUGUUUUUAUGAAUUUUUGUGCAAUACUUGCCUGUUCUCUGUUUAAUUGUAUAUUUUGUAAUUUCCUCUUAUGUCCCUUUCCUCUAAGGCUUACUCAUAUUUUUCCACAGAAAGUUGUUUUACUGGCAUCAAUUAAAAAAAUAAUAAUGUGGGAUGUUUCUGACUUUAAACACAUGUCAUUGUGUAGAAAUUUACAUUUUUACUUUGUGUUUUGUUUAAUAAACAAUGCUGAAUUUGUCCACA